AUGCGCCCGCCACCACCUGUCGCGCCCGAGCGCGAGCCGUCGGAUUCUGACGAAGACUGUCUUCGGAUCCGCAACCUACGCACCAGACAGCCACUCGACAACAUGGAGGGUUCGCAGAGUGCAAGCGGCGUCUUUCAGACCUUCUCGGUUGGGUCGCUGCAGCCGCUCGCAUCGGGCGCGCCUGUCGCCACGCGAGGCAUUUUCGACAUUCCAGAGCGCCCACGCGAAGUGUCCUGCCGCACCGAAGAGGCGUUUGUUGCUCACGGCGCGUACCUGCUUCUCAGCUGCAUUCAGCGGAAACUCGCAGAAAGCGGAUACGCCAAGGUAGUCGUGGGCUUGUCCGGAGGGUCGACGCCGCUGCCGAUUUACACCGCACUGCGGCAUUUGGCGCUCUCCGCCGCAGAGCAGGGCUUUGCCCGCGCGGCCUCGGACUUUGCGUCAGACUGGUCGCCGUCGCUGCAGCAGCAGAUCGAGGAAGAUGAGCAGCGCCGGCAUCUGGGCGCAGAAGUCGACUGGAGUCGUGUCUACUUCUUCUUGGUAGACGAGCGCUACGUGCCGCCGGAUCAUCCGGACUCGAAUCAGCUGAAAAUUCGCCAACACCUCCUCGGACAGCCCAACGGCGUCGCCUGCGACCGCGAGGGCGCCGCCUGCGAUCCUGACGAGGCACUGCACAUCCCGGAGGCGAACCUGAUAUUUCCCGACACCACGCUCCCGCUCGACGAGUGCAUCGUCAGAUACCACAGCGCUCUCCUCGAGCUUCUCUCCUCGACGCAGAGUAUCGACCUCGUGACGCUGGGCCUGGGACCCGACGCGCACAUCGCCUCGAUUUUCCCGCCGCUCUCUGAGGAGCAGCUGAAGGAGCAGAUGAACCCGACCUCCGUCGUCCUGCACACGCGCCAAGACCGAUUUCCUGUCUCAGACAGAAUCACGAUUUCGCUUCAGCUGCUGUGCGGCGCGCACAAGAAGCUUUUCUUUCUCAAAGGCGAGGAGAAGAUUCGUCUCUGGCGGGAGAUGCAGGACAACUCUCGCCCGAAGACCGUCCUGGAGCACCCCGCACUGGCAGUUCUGCAGUCCGGGAACGUGCGCGUCGUGGCGAGCCCGCCGCUGGACGUCGACGAGGUGCGCAUGCAGCAGGAGCUGCGCGACAGAAACACUUUUCUCUCGGUCAUCAUCCUGGGCGCCAGCGGUGACCUCGCUCAGAAAAAGACAUACCGUGCGCUGUUUAGCCUCUUCUGCGAAGGGCUUCUUCCGCCCGCAUUCCAGAUUGUGGGUUACGCUCGUUCGAAGAUGACGUUUGAGCAGCUGUGGGAGAAGAUCGUUCCAGGCAUGAAACCGCUGAGUUCCUUCUUCUGCCGCAAAGGGAGUUCUGGCAACCUCCUCUCGCAGUUCAAAAGUCACUGCACUUACGUGUCAGGCCAAUACGACAGCACCGAGGAUUUCGGCGAACUCGCAAAAGUGCUAGCGAAGGCCGAGGGGGGCGCAAAGCACGUUGGCAGGCUCCUGUAUCUCGCGCUGCCGCCAGAGGUCUACCUGCCGAGCGUGAGGAGCUACUGCCACGCAUGCUGGAACGAAAAUGGCUGGAAUCGGGUGAUUGUUGAGAAGCCCUUUGGCCGCGACCUGGAGACGUCAGACAAGCUCGCAGCGAGCAUCAUGACACUUCUCCAAGAGCGAGAGAUUUUCCGUAUCGAUCACUACCUCGGGAAGGAGAUGGCGCUGAGUCUGAUUGCGCUACGCUUCGCAAACGUGGCCUUCAUGCCGCUUUUCCACAGAAACUACGUGCACAGCGUCAGGAUCACCUUCAAAGAGGAGGGCGGCACCUGGGGGCGUGGAGGGUACUUCAACAACUACGGCAUUAUUCGCGACGUGAUGCAGAAUCACAUGAUUCAGCUGCUCACACUCGUCGCCAUGGAGCGACCAGCGUCGCUGAAGGACGACGACAUUCGCGACGAGAAAGUGAAAGUCCUCAAGCAGAUGCCACCAGUCAAGCUUUCUGAGACAGUCCUCGGGCAGUUCACCAAGUCUGCAGACGGUAAACUGCUCGGCUACACCGAUGACGAAACCGUGCCCGAUGACUCUAAGACUGCGACGUUCUGCACGUGCGUCCUCUGGAUCAACAACGAACGCUGGAACGGCGUGCCCUUCAUUUUCAAGGCGGGAAAGGCGCUGGAAAGCAAAAAGACGGAAGUCCGCGUGCAGCUGCGCGAAGCGCCAGCCGGCGACUCUUUCUUCGGAGAACCGAAUCUCACGCCAAACGAGCUCGUUAUCCUUGUGCAGCCUCACGAAGCCGUGUACCUGAAGAUUCACACGAAGAAGCCCGGCCUGCUGAGCUCGGGGCUGCAGCCCACCGAGCUCGAUCUGAGCGUGAUGGACCGCUUCGACGUGGACCGCCUACCCGACGCCUACGAGCGCCUCAUCCUCGACGUCGUUCGCGGCGACAAGCAGAACUUCGUCAGAACCGACGAGCUGCGGGAAGCGUGGCGGAUUUUCACGCCGCUGCUGCACGAAAUCGAGGAGAAUCAGGUCGAGCCUAUGCCCUACCCGGCGGGAUCCUCCGGUCCGCAGGCGUCCUACGAGUUGAUUCAAAAAUAUUACAGCUACAAACAGAACAGCUACACGUGGUCGCCGCCUGUGAAGAGAGAGUGCUCCGCGACCGACAGCGCCGAGUAG